AUGUACAUGCCACGACUCUGGAGAGCCUUGGCUCUCUUUCUCGCCCUUUGCGUCAGCACUACCGCCGCCGAUUGUACCGUCGUCCACCAAGGAUCUUCGCAGGAUGUCCUAUUCGUAGGGACAGUACUUACCAGUGAGGGUCCUCUAGAGCCCGGGUAUAUUUUAGUACAGUCAGGAAAGAUUGUGCGCAUGGGAAAUGACGCCGCUUGUCGAGCCAUUGGAGAGGCCAGCGUUGUCGAAUGCAAGGGGUCAGUCAUCUCGCCAGGGUUUAUCAACACCCACGAGCACAUCGACUGCUCAACUAUCAACCCAUUUCCCACCACCGGGACCCUAUACGAUCAUCGCCAUGAGUGGCGAGUGGGCUUAAACGAUCGCCCAAUGCUGCCUGCCCCCGUCAAUGGCUCACAGACUGAUGCCAUCAAAUGGGGCGAGCUGAGGCACAUCUUCUCCGGCACAACCUCCAUCGUCGGGAAUCACAUGGCUCUUGGCCUCGCACGGAACCUGGAUUUUGUUUCUGGGUUAGAAGAUGGCCUGGAAUCUUCCGCUGAUACGUACGCAAUUUUCCCUCUAGACGACGCUCCCGGGAUCAUUCGUGAAGGAGACUGCGAUUACGGCCCCAACCCUAUCGACCAAAAGACCGUCAAGGGACUACAUCGCUAUAUCAGCCAUGUCGCAGAGGGCAUUAGUGCGGAAGCUCAGAAUGAGUUCAGAUGCUUAUCGGAUAUCAACUACGACACGCGGCCGCUUUCCUCUGGCGGAGGGAGAAGCACGGACAUUAUCGCCCCAAAUGUUGGUCUCGUCCAUGCCCUAGGCCUCUCAGAGGCUGAUUUCGAUCUUGUUGCCGAACGGAAUGCAACAGUAGUCUGGUCGCCGAGGAGCAAUGUCGCCCUCUAUGGUAAAACCCUGAACGUGACUUACCUCCUAGAAGCUGGAAUCACUGUUGCUCUCGGCACUGAUUGGCUUCCAUCUGGCUCCGCCACCAUGGGAAGAGAAGCUUUAUGUGGCCUCAGUGCUACCCACAUCAGCUACGGCCAUACCCUGGAAUCCAAAACUCUUUGGGACAUGAUGACAAUCAAUGGUGCAAAGGUGGCUGGCUUCGACACAAUGUUAGGAUCGAUUGAGGUGGGGAAACUAGCCGACAUAGUCAUAUUUGGUGGCGACAACACAAAGGAUCCUUUCGGUCAGGCCAUCUAUGCCGCAGAAGAAGAUAUCGAGCUUGUCAUGCGUGGUGGUAAGGUGCUUGUUGCCGGCCAUAGCCUGCAACACUUAGCAACCGGCGCUUGCGAGUCGGUCGCAUUUGGUCACGUUUUGAAAACAAUAUGUGUAGAAGAUGAUCUAGGGAAUACCUACAAAGACUUCGAAGAAUCCCUGGGCGGGGUCUACCCAGCCAUCUUACCUGGUGUCCCUCCCAACGAGCCAAGCUGCGACCCCAUCCGAUAG